ACUGGCCCCUCUGCGGACCCAUUCCACUACGGUUUGGCGCGGCCGGAACCAGUCCCCUGUUCUACAAUGUUACCCGGCUCUCAAACACUCCGGUUGACAGAAACCAAUCCGAUAGGCCCAAGUGCACUUGGUUCUCAGGUCGCAUCUCGUCGACUUCCAGCGCUACCACGUCCUUCGGAACCGCACAACGGUAGUCGUUUCGGUCCCAGCCUCACUCCACCAUCCCUGGGCAGUACCGGCCACGGUCGAAUCUCUGAUUGCUCAGUCAAUGAGUUGGCUCAUUCAUCUCAACAAUAUUCGAAACGAGAUCGUCCUCGACCGCAAUCGACCGGUUCUCUUUCCGGACCCCUAGCCGGUUUGGCGUCCGCCACUUUGUGCACCAUGGGUGUUAAUUUUGGGGGCAAUGGCUUGGGUGUCGUGAGAACUCGUGACAACCUGGGUGCUGGCCGCUUGAUUCCGCUGAAACAAGGCUAUUUGUAUAAAAGGUCUACCAGAGGGCUGAGUAAAGAUUCUCGGAAACGGAAAAAGAAGUACGUGGUAAUCACAGAAGACGCCCGACUCUGUUAUCACCCGUCGAAACAGUUCACACCGGUGACUGAAGCGCUAUUAUUACUGUUUAAAAUUUUAGUCCUUGAGUUACGCCGACCAACGGCUGCAAUGUUCUUCAACUUCGACUUAGGUGAUCGAGAAGCCCUGAUGGGUUAA